AUGUGCCAAUUUGGCAGUCGGGCGCGGAAGUUCAAGCGACCAGCACAGAUUGGCUCAAAGCCACGGUUGACUUACACUUUGAACGAACCGAAAAGCCAGAUUACAAGUUCAAGCACGACACUUUGGGAUUCGCGGAACUUGACUUAUUCUCAUAAUGAGUGGACCAUUGUCUCGAUCAAUCUCGUGUCAACGACUGACUACAAGUGUGGAAAACCACACACGAUUCGAGUGAAUGGCACACCGCAUUCAUCGAUUUUGCAAAUAUGUCCAAGAACAAUGAUUUCAAGUAAAAACAAACGUCUGUGGACCAGCGAUUCCGUGCACGAUGGUGUUUGGAACACAGCGCUCGUUGAUUUGCUCAAUCCCGUUGCUUCCGACUAUAAGCUAAUUUUAGAAGGAACUAUUCCUGCCGGAUAUCCGGACGCUCGUAUAUGUGUGGACAACAUUACCUCUUACACGGAGCCAUGCAGUGCAUUGCAAAAGACUGCGGCCGUGGUUUCGAACCACUGGAGUUGGGCUCAAUACUUCGGCAUCACCUUCAUCACUGCCCUGAUCCUUGGACUCACAAUUCCGAUCGUGUUCCUCGUAAUUCUCAUCUGGGCCUGUCGUCGACGUCACCACAACAUGAAUUCUCCAUACACGGACAACAAGCUCUUCUCCACGAAUCUCUGGUACUAUAUCGGUGGGAAGGAGAUACAUGACGACCCGACUGGUUUUCGAGGGGCCUCUAGCCUAAUUCGGUCGAAUAAGCAUUGUAACACUUCAUCCGGUGCAGGUACACUGAGGAACAAUACGCAGAUCGUCCCAGAUGUGAUGGAUUUGCCCGAUGUAGUGAUUCCUGGAGGUCGGGUGGUGUCGUUCAACUACAGUGGGAAUACUUUGGGUCCAGGUGGAACUCUCCGUCACAUGUCACAGACUAAUAACCAGCUUAUGCAAUCAACAAACUGUUUCAACACGGGUCUAACCAUGGGGACUGUAUCCUCACAAAGUUCGGGAACUCCUGCCACCACUGUCGGACGUUCUGGCCCGGAUGGAGUACUUCAACCGGAUCCAAAUUUUAACUUCCAGCAGCAGCAGCAACAACAACAACAACAACAACAAGCCCAGCCAGCCCCGUCCGAUCCGAUGACAGACAUAGUGGACUGCUUGGA